AUGGCAAAGAUCUCAGAUCCUCUUGUUGUUGGAAGAGUCAUUGGAGAUGUUAUUGAUUGUUUCACACCCAGUGUUAAAAUGACAGUGACUUACAACUCCAGCAAGAAGGUGUAUAAUGGGCAUGAGCUAUAUCCUUCCUCUGUAACCGUCAAGCCUAAGGUUGAAGUUCAUGGAGGCGAUAUGAGAUCUUUCUUUACACUGGUCAUGACUGACCCAGAUGUUCCAGGUCCUAGUGAUCCUUACCUGAAGGAGCACUUGCACUGGAUAGUCACGGACAUCCCAGGAACAACUGACAACACAUUUGGAAAGGAGGUGGUGAAAUAUGAAAUGCCGAGGCCAAACAUAGGGAUCCACAGGUUUGUGUUCCUUUUGUUCAAACAGAAAGGUAGGCAGACAGUGAUUCCUCCUCCUUCGAAGGACCAUUUCGACAGUCGAAAGUUUGCAGAAACAAACGAGUUCGGGCUUCCGGUGGCUGCUGUCUUCUUCAAUGCCCAGAGGGAAACUGCUGCAAGAAGACGCUAA